AUGGAAUGGCAACCUAGGUGGGCUGGGGAUUUAAAGUAUGAGGUUUCACAUAAAAAUAGGAUGAUUCAAGAGAGGUUUGUGGUGGAUUUACUGGCCGGUUCAUGUAGUUGUAGGUUCUGGGGGUUGGCUGGCAUGCCUUGUAUGCAUGCUUGUUCUGCAAUAUUCAUGAAAGGAGACAACCCUGAGGACUACUGCAGUAACUAUUACACACCAGCAGCAUAUAUGGCAUGCUAUGGGACAACACUUAAUCCAAUUAAUGGUGAAAAUAUGUGGCCAAAGGUCGAACUUGAGACAAUUAGACCUCCAAUCUUCAGAGUCAAGCCUGGAAGACCUAGGAGAGUAAGAAUUAGAGAGCACGAUGAGGAUAGAUCACAAACAAAACUAAGAAGGAGUGGAACAUCAGUUACCUGCAACAACUAUGGCCAAUAUGGACACAAUAGGAGACAUUGUCCCAAUCCAGACAUAACAGGAAAUAACCCUGGAUCUGAAACUGCUGCUCCUUAG